UUUGACGUUUCGUUGUGCCUGUGUCACCGUAGUGGAUUACACGUAGUCAAUUUUUGUGUGUUUACGGCACAAUCUUAUCAGAUUUUGUGUUCAACGUGCAUUUUAUAGUCUUGCAAACUUUAUUUACAAUGUCCUCAACUGAAGAAACUUCUCAACUCAAGGCGGGACAUCCUCCUGCAGUGAAGGCCGGUGGUAUGAGAAUCACCCAGCACAAGGUGCCACAUACUAAAGAUACCAGCAAGGAACCUGCCAACGAAGAUUUAACUGGACUGUCUGGCCCCUCCCCUGUCCCAUCCAACCCGGUGUCUAUCUCUGGAGCUCUGAACCGGGGCAACGCAGACUUUACUCCUGAAGCGGCGCAAGUAGCUCACAGUCCGAAGCCUCCGGCACACAUCAACAUCAGCCCGCGCCCCGUCAUCCAACAGCCCAGGAAGUAGAUUGAUAUGACGGUGAAGAAAAAUAUAUUGUUUACAUCAGGUGUUCUAGUAAAAGUCUAUUCAAUCAUCAAUGUACAAAACCCAUUAUAACACAGAUUUUUCCUGUGGCAACCAUUGUUAGCAGCAUUGUUAUUAAAUCCCAGUGUGCUACGUCAUUCAAUGCUUAUUCAUAAAUAUCUACCUAACUAAUGUUAGAUAGAAAAAUCAAUCGGUCUAAUCUCGACUAAUACAUCACUAUGCUAAUGAAUGUCACAACACUGGCUUCCAUAGUUCACAGAUCUAGUUUGUGCUGUGCAUUCAUGAUAUUUUAAAAUGUUUUCUAUAUUGAAAUAUAAUCACUAAUUGUACAGAAUUGGCCGUUCUGUUUAAUACCUACAUAGGUAAACUAAGAUGCCUAUAAUUGUUAUGACGUUCUAAGGUAACAGGUUAUUCUUCUGUUACCAAUUAAAUAAAAUUUAAAAAAAUGAGUAAAUUUGGUACAUGUUCCAUAUAUGAGCAGGGUGGUUAAAAAGGCCACAUUGAAGUGAUUCAUCUAAAAAAACAAUAUUGCAAUUCAACAUUUGCGCAUUUAACAGUAAGUGUGCAUGCUUGAUAAAUGUCAAGAAGCAAUAUUGCUUUUUUUAAUUUAAUUUCUUCGAUGUGUCGUUUUUAACCCCAUGUGAUUUAUAUAAAACACCUUAUGUAAACAAUAUAUAACUAAAUAAUUGGUAGAAUACUACAGCAAUCUAUAAAUUUACAUCAAUCAAUACAUAAAUGAGAUGUGAUAUGUAGCUUAGUUGCUUAGCAUACUACCACAAAAAUAUCUGAAUACUUGAGUACCUACUACUUAAAAACUUAAGGUACUUAAUAGCUGUGCUGUUUCUAUAAGAAAGUACUAGCAUUUUGAACAGGCAACAAAUAUAAUUUUUGGUUGGAAUGGGAUUCUUUUGAGUUGUUGAGCUAUAAUGUAUGUAAGUAGUUAUUUGAGUAUUCAGGGCAGCCUAGUGAUUAGAUUGGUAUAAUAAGAGAAUUUGUAUUAUAAAUAAGUCCAGAAUUUAUUUAUUGUAAUAAUGAGUUGAAAGUAAUUAACCAACCUCUCUAUAACAACCUAAUCUAGGCUCUAUAUAUACACACUGUUUGAAACAAAGUGUGUUUGUGUCUUUAAUUCUUUAUGUUUCCGAGCAGUCAUAAUAUUCCAAGUGUGUUUCUGCUUGAGAUUAUAAUUUUGACAUGUCUCCAUUGAUAUAUCAUUAAAGGAAAGUAAAUAUAAUAAUAUUUAAAUGAAUAAAAACCCACAUGGAAAAUUAACUUGUAGUUAGCACAAGAAAAGUUGAGUUUGAAAGUACAAGUUAAACCUAAAAAAAUAACAUGAUAUUAAAAAAAUAUGUAAAGAAAAAAAUAUUUAGUGCUAAGUUCAUAAAAAUUCAAAAUUUCAGCAAUAAUAUAUGUUAUUUUGUAUUUUUUUAUUGAAUUUGGAUCUAUUUUCUCGUGUUUAUUUGUAUAAAGUAUGUUUUGGUGCUCUCCAUCCAUUCAUUGGUUGCAUUUGUUAACAUUCCUAAAGUUUAUAUAAAGUACAUACAUUUGAUAUAACAUAUAUGAAUAAUGUUUCUAAACAUGGUCGACGGUGUGGGACCAUAGUUUUAUAAUGUUUUAUAUUUCUUUUUCUUAGGUUUUAAAUAUAAUUUUAUUAAAGCUAA